AUGGAAACUGUGGGUCUGGCCCCUGAGGGGGCACAGUACCGAGAAGCCGGCCUGUCAGCAGGAUUAGUGGAGACCAUACUCAGCUCUAGAGCUCCCUCCACGAGGAAAUUGUACGGCCUAAAAUGGAAUGUUUUCACCAUUUGGUGCAGAGAGCGUGAUGUGGACCCAGUUAACUGCCCAGUGGCUUCAGUGCUGGAGUUCCUCCAAGAUUGCUUCUCAGCUGGUCUUACCCCGUCCACUCUCAAGGUGUACGUGGCUGCCAUUUCGGCUUUCCACGCUCCUCUGAGUGAUGGGCCUCUGGGGAGACAGCCGUUGGUCGUACAUUUCCUCCGUGGGGCUUGGAGGAUGAGACCUGCGGCUCGUACCAGGGUUCCCACUUGGGACCUGGCGGUGGUUCUCGGAGGGUCGGCUGAGGCCAAGAACCUUUCCCUUAAGGUGACGGCGGAUGAGGAGAGACUUUACCUGUCAGAAUAUAUAUCCAGAGGUCCUCCUCAUGGCGGAAAGCCUUCAUCAAAAGUGCCUUUUCCCCCGCUUCGCAACGUAGCCAUGCUACAGCUUUCCGGCCCCGCGACACCCGUUUCAGGCCAAAAGGAGGAGCGGGUGGGUUACCUAGAUAUGUCUCACCAGCGACCUCGGGUUUGCCACAAUCCUGACAUGCGUCGGGAACAGGAACGCCUUGACACCUUUCAGAAUUGGACUCCUGCACCAGUAAGUCCAGCCGAGCUUGCCAAAAGUGGUUUCUACUACCUUGGUCAGGGCGACAGAGUGGCUUGCUUCAGUUGUGGAGGCCAGCUUAGCAACUGGGAACCGGGAGAUCGUGCAGUAUCAGAGCACCAGAGGCAUUACCCCAACUGCCGCUUUGUUAGAGGUGACCGAGCAGAUAAUGUACCUUUAUCUAGCCUUUUCAAUGUAUCGGCAAUGCAACAGUGUGAAGAAAGGUUGCUCACAUUUGUCUACUGGCCCUCAAGAAUAACUGUUCGACCAGACCAAUUGGCUAAGGCUGGUUUUUACUAUGUUGGUUGUAAUGAUGACGUGAAGUGCUUUUCUUGCGAUGGUGGACUCAGAUGUUGGGAGUCUGGUGAUGCUCCAUGGGUAGAACAUGCCAAGUGGUUUCCAAGAUGUGAAUACCUGUUGCAAGAAAAGGGCCUAGAGUUUGUUCAUCAGAUUCAAGCAAGAUUUCCAAGACUAUUUGAACAGCUAUUGACUAAUGGAGACAGUGACUCAAGAGAAUUUGUUAAUCCGCCUGUGGGUCCUGGAGAAGACCGUUCAGAAGAUGCGGUGGUGAAGUCUGCUUUAGAGAUGGGAUUUGAUUUUGGCCUGGUGAAGCAAACCGUUCAGAGCAAAAUUCUCGCAAGUGGAGAAAAUUACAAAACCGUUCAAGAGUUGGUAUCUGAUUUACUAAGUGCAGAAGAAAUGGCAUUAGAUGGUUUUACUUUUCUUAAGAAACAUCAUCUUGCCGUGUCACAGCGCCUAAAAAGUGUGCAGAGCUUAAUGGACCAUCUUCUAGAGGAGAGCGUCAUCUCACAGAAAGAGUAUGACAUUAUUCGUAACUGCGCUACAGUCACGCAGCAGACAGGGCAGCUCAUUGAGUUAGUCCUGUCGAAAAGAAAUGCAGCAGCAGAGGUCUUCCUCAACUGGAUCAAGAAGAAUGAUGUCUGCCUGCUGAGAGAACUGAUGGCCCAGACAAAUGAAGCUGCAUCCCCGAGUCAAGAUCUUUCAGACUUGCCUAUGGAGGAACAGUUAAGAAGACUUCAAGAGGAGCGCACAUGCAAAGUUUGCAUGGAUAAAGAAGUGAACAUUGUCUUCAUCCCCUGUGGUCACCUAGUUGUGUGCAAAGAAUGUGCACCUUCUCUGAGCAAGUGCCCCAUAUGUAGAGGCUUGGUCAAAGGAGCUGUCCGUACUUUCCUAUCAUAA